UGGACUCUUAAUUAUAUAUAUUCUGUACCAAUACCAUGGAUAUGCCACCCGCCAAUUUCCUUUCCCAUAAGCCUAAGGCUAAGGCAAGGCAUCGUCCAUUACACGCUUGUGGAGUCUCCAUCUUAGCAAUUAUUGACAUUGUCAUAGGAAAAACCCAACAUAUCAAUGGACCAUUAGGUUCAACGUUGAAAAGGGUAACAAAGUUAGCAAAAUUUGCCACACCCCUUAUCUACGCCAUGCGAUUCCAAUUGCUAGCAAUUCUCUCCAUCAUUGAUCAAGCAAUUUUAGCAAUUGAAAAAAUUGUCGAGAGAUUGUUUCCUCCUUCAACCCGCGUGUUCGACAAAGUCGAUGAAAUUGUGCUAAUGAUAGUGUCCCUCCCAGAAAAAUUUGAUGGUGCAAUGAACAAGUUUCCUACUAUAGUCCACGAGGUCCCGUUUUUGGAUUGGGCACUGACCCUUGUGAUCUCAAGGUUGAACAGUUUAGUUUCCACGUUGAACCACUGGGGGCAGGAAAAUUCAAGGGUGGACGAGAAAACAAUAGGUGUUGAUAGGAGUUGCAAUGAAGGGUACCUUCCCAUGGAUAAUUCCUCGAAUGAUAUUAACAAUGAAAAUUUGGAAAAUUUUCCUCCUAUAAUAUCAGAUUGUGAACAUGAAGGGGCUCAUGAAAUUGCAGUGUCGAGUGACGUGAAAGGGUCAUCAUACCAGGAAGCAUUAUUGGAGAAAGGGAAAGAAGAGAACCCGGAUGAGAAAAUGGAGAAAGAGUGUGAGAUUGAGAAGAAGAUCAAUGGAGAUUGUGAUUGUGAAGAAGGAAGAGAGAAGAAUGAUGGAAAUAACGAAAAGAGUAAGGAUGGUAUUAUGAAAAGUCAAGAUGGAGGGAAUGAAAGAGUAAAGGACGGUCUUCUGGAAUUGUUUGAGUCUGCAUGGCUCAUGAAAGCUGGUAGUUAUUAGGAGAAUUUAUUAUAUAUUCAGAAUUAUUAUAGUCUGCAUCAAUCUUUAUACAUGUGACACAUAAUUGAGCGUUUCUUCUUUGAAAA